AUGCACUUCUGCAAGAAAUGUGGAACCAUAAUGCAGACUCCAGAAGAGUCAAACAAGAGUUUUGCCUUAUGCUAUAACAGCAAAUGUGGCCACACAGAGCCUAUUGAAGCAAGCUGCCAGGAGACGACAUACGAACUCCUUUACAACACUCAACAGAUCACUAACAAAAAAAACGACAAUGAGGAGUACAACAGAGUACUGGGUCCAACAAUUGAACGUCAAUGUUCAUUCUGCAGAUAUAGGCUAGCGGCCUAUUUCACGAGACAGAUGAGGUCUGCAGAUGAAGGACAAUCUGUCUUUUAUACGUGUUUAAAUUGCAAGCGAGUUGAACGAGAAGAUUCGUAA